AUGGGCAGCUCUUUGUCUGCUCCCCAACAGAAAUUUUUAAAAGACUUAAAAUUUCUCCUCUCCUCCAACGAAUUGGAAGUUCCUGAUGGUGAUUUAAUACAGCUCAUUCUGACUAUCAAAGAGCAUUCCCCCUGGUUUCCUGCAGAUGGGACUUGGGAAUUAAAACUUUGGGACAAGAUCGGGGAACAUUUUCAUGGGCACCCCAGCAUAGGUGUUCGGAUUUUAAAUGCAUGGUGCAAGGUUCGUUAUGCCAUGGACUCUUUAUCACCAAAAAAUAUCUCCAUGGCUGCAUUGCCAACACAACCUCUAGCUUCUUUAAUUCAGCCUGCUGUGUUAGAGACUGUUCCAAUACUUGCUUUGCCAGCAGCUCCAGACCCCAAACCUCCAGACUACAGUUCCUCACCUGAGGACCCAAUCCUGCAAAAAUACCGUGGUCUGGCUGGCAAUGAUCCUAAUCUUUCAGUGGCAGAACCAGCUACUCCUUUUCAACGUGCAGUCCUUGGCUGUUCCUUAAUUCAGGAUACUAUGGCAUUCCCUGUUAUUGUGCCCCCUGCUGGUGCCCCAGCAGGCACCCAAGCCCAACACCAACCUUUUGACUUUAAGAUUCUGAGAGAGCUGCAACAGUCAGUAAAGGCCAAUGGACUCCAAGCCCCAUAUACGCAGGCGCUUUUAGAAGCCACAUUAGCCCAGCUCUUGGUUCCAGAGGACAUAAAGCUUUUGGCCCAUACAGUGUUGCCCCCAUCAGCUGGUGUUUUGUUUGCCCACGAAUGGGAAACUGCCUGCCGUGCUUAUGCUCCAGCCUUGUUACAACAAGUCAGAGGAAAUAAUCCAAAUGUUACCCUCGCAGACGUCUUAGAUGCCAUGUUGGGGCGUGGUCCCUUCGCUCAAGCUUCAGUGCAAGCCACACUGCUGCAAAUCUUAUUGAGGGACACUGCUCUUGCUGCUAAACAAGCAAUGAGAAAAAUCCCAGAACCCACCAGUAUUCAAUCAAGGUGGGGUUCAAUCAGGCAAGAGGCAAGAGAAUCAUAUUCUUCCUUUAUGGACAGGCUGCUUACAGCAGUGAGUCGCCAAAUUGAAAAUCCUGAAGCCAAACAAAUAAUUAUCAAACAAUUGGCCUUUGAAAAUGCCAAUGAGGAUUGUAAACUUGCAUUGCGACCGAUAAUACACAAUCCUGCCACAGACACAGCAGCCAUGCUUCGCAUUUGUCAGUCUGUUGGAACAGCCAGCCACAAGGCUUAUCUGCUGGCAGCAGCGCUAAAUGAAAACCAGCCUGUAGCCACCGAUACAACUUAUUUCCAGGGUGGCAAACCAGGAUCACUGAUACCCCAGGGGGGGUAG